GGUACAUGGACAGAGAAUCAAAUGCAUUGUCCAGGAUCAUGCCACGUUACAGCUCAAAACACCACAUAUGGACUUGAAAAGGAUGGCUACUGAAAACCUUGCUAAACAAACCUGAUGGUCACUGUUAAAAUUUGAGGGUCUUCUUUUUAGAACACAUUUAAUUAAGUGUCGAAAGUAGGCGAUGAGGGAAAAACGGUCGUCAUAGUAACUAUAAACAAAGUUCGCGAGCUUUUCUAGGUUGAUUACAGCUAGCUUAAACAAUUUCUUGUCGAUAUCGCAUCCCUUGAGAUUUUUGAAAAAUUUAUCAGUUUCACAGUGUGAACAUGAUUCCUCCUGGCGAGUCUUUGCUGAAGUAUGACAAUCCGGUGCUGGUAAGCAGGAACACGGAGAAGAAACCACUAAAGGCUCGGCCUUUGAAAGUCAGUCCACAAGAUCCAGCCAUCACUGGCCCAGUCCCACCUCCACCAAAGCCCAAGUCGCCCUCAGCCGAUGCAAUCAUACAACAAACCGGGGAGAUACUUAAUUCCAUCCUACCACCAAGGGAAUGGAUGGAGAACAACCAGCUGUGGGUGCAGCAGGUGUCCAGUACCCCCUGCACGCGAAUGGACUUGGUUCAUUUGCAGGAGCAGCUGGAUCUUAAACUGCAGCAGAGGCAGGCCAGAGAAACUGGCAUUUGCCCUGUCCGCAGAGAACUUUAUUCACAGUGCUUUGAUGAGUUAAUCAGGCAAGUUACUAUCAACUGUGCUGAGAGGGGGCUACUGCUUUUACGAGUAAGGGAUGAGAUUCGCAUGACUAUUGCUGCCUACCAGACCCUAUACGAGAGCAGUAUGGCCUUUGGCAUGAGGAAAGCCCUGCAGGCUGAGCAAGAUAAGCCAGAUAUGGCCAAGAGGAUUUCAGACUUGGAGAAUGAGAAGAGGGACCUGGAAAGGCAGGUGAACGAGCAGAAGGCUAAAUGUGAGGCGAUUGAGAGACGAGAAACUGAACGACGACAGGUUGAGGAGAAGAAGCACACUGAAGAGACCCAGUUCCUCAAACGCACCAACCAGCAACUCAAGGCCCAGCUGGAAGGAAUAAUUGCCCCAAAGAAAUAAUGCAUUCAUUCUCCAGACUUAUAAAUGAUGGUCAAUGAUUUUCUAGCUCUCAAAA